UGACUAAGUGGUUGUAAGUACUAGGCAAGUAUAGAGGUUAUCGGUUCUCCGGUCACCGGAUUCCAGCCGGAGGAAUGGAGGAUUCUGAUUCCGAUGCAUGUUUGCCACCAGGUUGGACUGUGAAAGUAAAUGUGAGAAAGAAUGGUAAGAUAGACAAGUUUUACUUUCCCCCUUCAAGUGAUCUGAAAUUCAAUUCCCUAGUAGGCGUAUUUCGAUAUCUCAACAAUGCUAAGAACAAAGCCAUCAUCCAAAGAGUCUCAAACAUAGAAAGUGAUCAACAGAUUCCUCGCCGUGCAUCAAAGCGUCUUGCUGGAAUUAAGGCGGAUCCACUUCUAGAACUUAAACCAACUCGAGCACGUCGAGACGUGGCUAAACAAUCAGGUGAUGACAAAGCUGUCAUAAAUGCAGAUAGAUCCUCCAAUAGCUUGCCGAUUGAUGAACCAAAACCUCUGAAUACUGUUGAAGGGUCAGAAAUUAUGUUCAAUGUCAAAAGUACAGAAAACACAAUGGAGAACCAUGCUACUAAGAAAGAGUGUGAAAGAGUCCUCGAAAACGAAGAUAACUUGGACAGGAAGUUAGAUUACCCUGGUGUGUCUGACUUUCCCCUCAAAGAAAUACUAACUGAUCCAUGUAUCGCAUUUGCGAUACAAACUCUAACUGGUAACACAUUUGAGACCUUUCAAGACGCCCAAACUUCUGCUUCACCUGAAGAGCGCGGUAAGAAAAUCAAUGUCAUGAAGGAUGAUCCGAAAAAAUUUGAUGUUGCUGAAACUGACAAGGCAGGACCAUGUUCAAAAAAGAAACAUGAUACCUCGAAGAUGGCAUUGUCGAGUGUGAACUUAUGCAAAAGUGAUUACAAUUGCAGCCAAAUAUUUGGUAAAAAAAGCAGGAAUGUUUGCUAGAGAGAAUUGCAGCCAAGGUUUGCAGUUAUAAAACUUUGUAAUUAGCUACCUUAUGAAGCCUUAAACUAACUCACUUUUUGUUGGUAUUUUGAUGUGAAAUCAUGUAAUAUAUAGUCAUGUGUAUAUUUUUGAAUAUGGCUUCAGGCUUCAAUGUAGAACUGGGAUCUUACUAUCUAAUCUAUCUAAAUACCUG